UUGACCAAAGUUUGUGAAAAGAGAGCGGGGGGAGGGGAGGGGGAGAGGGAGCGAGAGAGAAAGAGAGAGAGAGAGAGAGAGAGAGUGAGAGAGAGAGAGAGAGCACCUUUGAAACCUUUCACUCAAAGCCACUGGCAUUCACAGACCUAAGGUGGCUUUGAUCCACCUAAAGCCUUGACUAACUGCAAACACAUACAAGUCAACCAAGAGCUGAGACUGGGAAAUAAGAAUUCACACAACAUCGGAUGAAGUAAAGAGACAUUUACACCAACUGCCAAUGAAUGCCACAAGUGUAGAAAAUUCACUUCACAUUAAACUGACUAUUUAGUGGAAAAGACUUAACAAAAGAGCAGAAAAACACAGAAGACAACCACUCCAGAGAUCAGAAAUGGAGCGGGAGUUAAUCUGCUGUCCAAUUUGUCGAGAUUUGCUGAAGGUGCCGGUGACAAUUCCCUGUGGACACAGCUUCUGCAUGAGCUGUAUUACAAUGGACUGGGACAAUAAGAAAGGGAAGAGAAUCAGCUGCCCUCAGUGCAGGAAGACCUUCAGACAGAGGUCUGAUCUGAUAAAAAACAUCAUGUUGGCAGAUUUAGUCAUAGAGCUAAAAAACAGCAUACUACACACUUCUGAUGACCACUGCUACGCCGGGGCAAAGGACGUGGCCUGUGAUUGCUGCACUGGGAGAAAAUUAAAGGCUGUCAAGUCCUGUUUGGUUUGUUUAGUUUCCUACUGUGAGAAACACCUGCAGCCUCAUUAUGAAUCACCUGCAUUUGAAAAACACAAACUGGUCGACCCUUCCAAGAAACUGCUGGAGAAUAUCUGCUCUCGCCAAAAUGAGGUCAUUGAGAUGUUCUCACAAAGCGAUCAACAGUCUAUCUGCCACAUCUGUGUUUUGGAUCAGUAUAACAGUCUGUACGUAGAGGAAGCAGAGGUCAAACGCCCUGUGACCAUGUUUCAGAAAUUCUUCUGUUGGAUGAAGAAGAAGAGACCCUCUGGUGUAAAGCUGCAGAUCAGAUCCCUGUAGGACAUUAAAAUUGAGUGAAGACUGAGCUGCAGGGGGCGCUGUAGCAAGAGACACACGUUUUCAAUAAUGGAGAUUUCACAACAACUCUAGUACGGUUUUUAUUGUCCAGAAUAAUCCUGGUUACUGGAGUUAAAAAAGAUACAAAAAAAGAGAGAAAACAUCAAAAAUAUAUAUAUAUAUAAAAAUUUCAAAGACAAAAAAAUUUGCAAAAAUCUGUACUCACUCAAGAUAAACGAUUCUUGUGAGAGCUAAAAUAAACCUUGUUAUGGUACAACUGCUGUUGGCCUACAUGUGUGACCCAGCGAUGACCUGGUCGGAUGGAUAAUCUCGCAAUGAUUUAAGGCCUCAGUUAUAUGGUUGUUGCCUACAGUUUGUUACGUUUUUUUUUUAAUAUGUUUAUUGUUUAGUUCAGUCCUUUUAAUAAAUGCUACCAUACAAUUACUUUCUUAAUCGUGUAUUUUUUUAUUUUAUUUUUUGCCUUGUCACCCAUUAACUGCAGAAAAGCUUCCCAAAUCUCUGCUGCCUGUAUUUUUUUUCCCCCAAUCACAGUGCAACAACAUUCUAUUUUUAGUUUGCAGCAGUUUCCAGAACACAAUCAGGGAACACAGUUUGACUAACUGACACUGCCGCCUGAGGACCUGGUUAAC